AGGCAGGAGAUGCUUGGUCAGCUUCCUACUGAGAAGUGGACUAUGAAGGAAAUCUGACAUACUUAACACUGUAGCAGUUAAUUCGCUUCAGAAGAUGGCAGUAGUGCAACAUUGAGGAUGCAAGCUGCCGGUAAAACCCAAAGAAGAAGAAGAAGAAAACAGCCCAGUAGCACAGGCUCAGACGCCACAUAUCAUCACACGCCACUGUUUAGUUAGCGCCAGUUUAUUUGAAUGUUAAUACAAACAGCAGGGUCGAAACUUUAAUAUCACAGUCGCUGUAAACAGGAUAAUUACGCCGGCAAAUAAUGCAAGAGAUGCCUGGUCAACUUGACAGCUUGAAGCCCAGAAAGAGGAAGAGCACCUCCAGAAAGGCUUCUACUACGAGGAGGAGAUGUAUGAAAAGUCCAAAGAAGCAGCCAGCAGCAGAGAGCAGUUCAGCAGUCAGUGGUUACAGCAAAGCAGACGGCCCUGUGGAGAGACUGUCUCGCAUCAGCUGUGAAUGCCUCCAGUCUGCAGGCAGGAGGAGAUGCUCCGCUUCACCAGAGCUUGAAGGACAGGAGGGCAAAGAAAACGACCUGAGGACGGGGCUGGAUUUGGACAGCUGCAGAGUGAACGCCGUCCGGGACAAACAGGAGUCUGAGGACAUGGAUUGUGAAGAAGGCAGCAAAAACAUCUUCCCAGAUGACGACAGUAAUCAGAUUCUUCCUGUGGAGCAGUUCUUUGGAAACUUGGAUGCUGUACAGGACUUCCCUCAGAGAUCAUCAACGGCUUCUGCUAAUGUUCAGAAGGAGACCACAGGGAGACGGAGACGACAUUACUUCGCAGCAGAGGACAGCGAUGAAGAGGACGUGGGCGUCAGCAGUACACAGCGAGGGGACACUUCAUGAAGAGGAACCGUACUGAUGACUGGUGGACUCAGUCAGGCCUGCGGGAAGGACAUAAAAACACUCAACACUUAUCAGAAAGCAGCUAAAUGAAUCAGUCCUUAAAUCAUAGCGCUCUCACAUAUAGCGGGUGUCUGAUGAUGAAGUCGUCCGCUGCGAUGAGUCAGGGAGGCGUGAACUUGCUGUAGUUGAAUCUGCUGCCAUUGCUUACAAGCCAUCAUUAUAGUGUAUUUGAUUCAAACUGGCUUCCAGUACGCCGCCACGCGCUGAAGAGAUUAGUCACAAUUCAAAAGCAAGUUCGUGAUGUAAACUUGGAAAUGUACAAUCGUUGACUUGACAAGGACCGUCCAAUCGCACAAAAAUGCCAAAUUGUUUUCAAACUUUUACCUGAAUAUCUUGUUAGUUAAUUUGAUACUUUUUUUAACAUAGCUACAGUACAGAGAUUAAUUUAGCCACCUGUGGAGAACAUGUACAGGAGUGCAUGUUGUAUUUAUUGCUGAGUUUACGCUCGCACCACUCAUGGUUCAUUCAACUAUACGUCUUACCUGGAGCGAGUGUUGGCACAGCACUUUAUUUACACACAUUACAUACUGCUUCAUAGCUUGAGAUUAGCCUUGAGAUGACGAACAGCACAGGACUAAAACCACAAACUUCAAAAUGUGUAGAUAGUUGUUUAAAUGUGGUGAGGAAUGAGGGUACAUGUGCCAAAGAGCAGUUCCAUCUUGAGCUUUUAAUAUCACAAAGUUGGUGUUUAAGAUGAUUGUCACUGUUCACCAAGUGUCUAAUAUUCCUCAACACAUCUUUGUGUGCCAGGUUUGGGAUUUUUGGCAGCUGCUUCAUGCAACAUAUGCACACACACGCACACAAUGCAGCUAAUACUCUUCCCUGAUGAGGUUCCUGUUAGGAUCACAUUUACAAACAUGACAAUUCUAUACAGAAAAUGCAUUAUUGAAAAAAAGCUUUUAUCAGAAAUGUAUUUAGUCCAUAGUAUAAUUACUUAAACCUGACUUUAAAAAUGUUAUCUAGUCUUUGAGCUUAACAGUAAUUGCACUAGUGCUACUCACUCUUAUGCAACUUUCUGCCUGAGUGAAUGCUGAGGUGUAACACAUUCAUGCUUAACAUCACCGUGCCAACACAGAAAAAAAUAAAGGGUUUUUCAUGA